AUGACCGCCACUAAAUUCCUUACAUACAUGGACCACUUUAUCAAGUUCACGAAACCCACUCACACAAAAGGACCAGAGUUACUAUUACUAGACAACCACUCGUCACAGAUAGACAUCAACAUAGUAGCAUUCCCACCUCACUGCACGAUAGGCUACAGCCACUGGAUCAUCAUGGGCAUCAAUGGGCCUUUUAAAUCGUAUUGUGAACGUAUUGACGCCUCUCCAUCAAUUCUAGCUGAUCGGAGAUCUGGAAGUAGUACUCCGGACUUACCAGGUGAUUACUAUCUAUCACCCAAUAACUCACCCUCUGGUCAAGGAGCCACUACCACCUCUAGCAGUGAUCCAAGCUCCAUGAAAAACAUAGAGUUUACUAAGGAACCGGAACUCUUAGUGCCACCUCCAACCGAUCCUUACGAAGCAUUCCGAUUAUUGAUUGAUGACGAGUUGUUGGAUCUUAUAGUUCUCGAGACCAACGCCAACGCAAUAAGAGUAGAAAGAUUUAACGAAGGAAGAACUGCUGACAUUUUUAGGAUUCCUUCUUCACACGGGAACAAUUCGAUUAAACCGUUUAAGCGAUUAUUGGAAACGACACUAUUUGUU